AAUUUAUUUUGUUGGUGACCUUAAUAGCUUUUUUUCAAAUAAAAGGUUGAAUACAACAGCGUCUUCUUACGAUGGACGAACGAAAGAACCCUGAAGGCCUGAUUUGUGUAUUGCAAGGUUGCAGGGCGUCAAGUGGAGUACGACAUUAGGCUUUGGAGAAGCAAAUAUGUAUCUAGUGUGCCAAGACUUUUUACUCGUGGCUAUUUUCUGCAAGAAUGCGCUGGAUUCACAAAGCAUGGUGAGAAUCCUUGGGCUGCAAGCCGUUGGUAGGACCAUCGCUUUCUACGUCUUGGCCUUGCCUACAAGCGGCUUGUACGUCAUGUACGAAAUCACGAAAGUCCAGAUAUCAGAUUUAUUGCAAAACCUGUCGAAGCUAAUAAUAGACAUUUCUGAUCUGCUGCUUGUGCUCAAUGUAUACGAUAGAGUAUGUAUUCCUUCCGCUAGCCCCAAGCCCUUCAACGACAUUGCCCGACAAUCAGCAGCUCCAUCUUGGACCAGCUGUUUACAAUGAGGCAGAGCCGAAAACGCCCUUGCCAUUUAAAGAACCAUCAUAAUUAAAGUAGUUGU